GAUCGCCGCAGUCGCUUGGCCCGGAGACCUGGCGCCGGUGUGGUGGGGCGCGGAUGGCCGUAGCGCCCCCUCUCCCGCUCCCUCACAGCUGCGGCGGGAACGGGCGCGAACCCCCUGCGGUUGGCCGCUGAUGCCCUUCAGGGAGGAGGGGGCGUCGGGACCCUGCUGAGCGCACCUCAGCCCCUUGCUCCCCAGCAGCUCGGGGUCUCCACGGGCUCCCCAGACCUGCACAUCCCCACCUGUCUGCCAUGGCUGAAAACGCGGAGGGGGACCUGAACUCCAACCUGCUCCACGCCCCCUACCGCACGGGGGACCCCCAGCUAGACACGGCCAUCGGGCAGUGGCUCCGCUGGGACAAGAAUCCUAAAACAAAAGAGCAAAUUGAAAAUCUCUUACGGAAUGGGAUGAACAAGGAGCUACGAGAUCGUCUUUGCUGCCGAAUGACUUUUGGGACUGCAGGACUUCGUUCUGCUAUGGGGGCAGGAUUUUGCUAUAUUAAUGAUCUGACAGUAAUACAAUCAACACAGGGGAUGUACAAAUACCUUGAAAGAUGCUUCUCAGACUUCAAGCAGAGAGGCUUUGUCGUUGGAUAUGACACCCGGGGUCAAGUAACUAGCAGCUGCAGCAGCCAGAGACUUGCUAAACUCACGGCUGCAGUCUUACUGGCCAAAGAUGUUCCUGUGUACCUUUUUUCAAGAUAUGUUCCUACACCUUUUGUACCCUAUGCAGUCCAGGAGCUCAAAGCAGUUGCCGGGGUGAUGAUUACUGCCUCUCACAACCGCAAAGAAGACAAUGGAUACAAGGUUUAUUGGGAAACUGGUGCACAGAUCACAUCUCCUCAUGAUAAGGAAAUUCUGAAAUGUAUAGAAGAAUGCGUGGAACCCUGGAAUGGGUCCUGGAAUGAUAACUUAGUGGACACCAGCCCACUGAAGAGAGAUCCUCUGCAGGACAUUUGCAGGAGAUACAUGGAAGAUCUGAAAAAGAUCUGCUUUCACAGGGAACUAAAUGCAAAGACCCCCUUGAAAUUUGUACAUACAUCUUUUCAUGGGGUUGGACAUGACUAUGUGCAGCUGGCUUUUCAAGUGUUUGGUUUUAAGCCUCCAAUUCCAGUCCCAGAACAAAAAGAUCCAGAUCCAGACUUUUCUACUGUUAAAUGCCCAAACCCUGAAGAAGGAGAAUCUGUGCUGGAACUUUCUCUGAGGCUGGCAGAGAAAGAAAAGGCCCGGGUAGUGCUAGCCACAGAUCCUGAUGCAGAUCGACUGGCAGUGGCCGAACUUCAGGAGAGUGGUCACUGGAAAGUUUUCACAGGGAAUGAGCUGGCAGCUUUGUUUGGGUGGUGGAUGUUUGAUUGCUGGAAGAAAAAUAAAUCAAGUAAUGCUGAUGUGAAGAACAUUUAUAUGUUAGCGACCACAGUCUCUUCUAAAAUUUUGAAGGCAAUUGCACUUAAAGAAGGAUUUCAUUUUGAAGAAACAUUGCCAGGUUUUAAAUGGAUUGGAAGCAGGAUAAAAGACCUCCUGGAAAAUGGGAAAGAAGUCCUUUUUGCAUUUGAAGAGUCUAUUGGUUUUCUGUGUGGAACUUCAGUUUUGGAUAAAGAUGGGGUCAGUGCAGCUGUUGUUGUUGCUGAGAUGGCAUCUUACCUGGAAACUCUGAACAUCACAUUGAAACAGCAACUGAUUAAGGUUUAUGAAAAAUAUGGUUAUCAUAUUUCAAAAACUUCGUAUUUCUUGUGUUAUGAUCCUGCCACCAUCAAGAGUAUAUUUGAAAGGCUUCGCAAUUUUCAUUCUCCAAAAGAAUAUCCGAAAUUUUGUGGGACAUUUGCUAUAUUAUAUGUACGGGACAUUACCACUGGAUAUGACAGCAGCCAGUCUGAUAAGAAAUCAGUGCUGCCUGUGAGUAAAAAUAGCCAAAUGAUUACGUUUACUUUUCAAAACGGCUGUGUUGCUACUCUUCGGACAAGCGGGACAGAACCAAAGAUCAAGUAUUACGCAGAAAUGUGCGCGUCACCUGACCAAAGUGACACCGCCUUACUAGAAGAGGAAUUGAAGAAACUCAUUGAAGCUAUGAUUGAAAAUUUUCUUGAGCCCAGCAAAAAUGGACUGGUCUGGCGUUCUGUUUAGUGCAUACCAGCCAUCACUCCUUUGCACUGGCAUGUGACACAGAGCAACCAAGCUCUCCACACUCAUAUUAACAUUGAGCCUGUGUUAGUAUUCACGCUCUAGUUCAUCUGGCCAAGUAUCUUUUCCCUUUUAUUUUUUCUUUUUAGUUGGUUAACUAAACAAACUGUAUAAAUUUGAAAUGAUGUGGUCUAAAGUGAAAUUCAACUUUUUUCGUAAUCUGGAACAAAAGUCACUACAUUAAAGGCAUUAUAGUAACACAUUGUUCUUCCUUUAACAGAAACAUGAUAACAAACAUGAGUUUUCUCAUUAAACUAUGAUAAAGCUUACUUUCACAUUCUUAUAAUUGUGUAUAGCACGGUUUUAAAAAAAAUCAGAUAAAUGUCUUGUAAUUGUAGAGUUUGUUAAGGAAAUUAAUCCAUAAAAUUGGCAAACAUACGAUUCACCUUCCAGAUCACUGGGGAACAGUGUCAUUGUUACAUCAGAAGUAUUCAUUUACAAAUUAUAGUAUUUGAAAUAGGACACUUAGCAUUUCUAGCUUAGAACUAAUAUGAUGUGGUUUCUGCACCUUUUUCAGGUGCUUUUGGUGCAGUGUAAAUGUGUGUAUUUAACGGUGUUUAUGGAACAUAGAACAAUAGUGGCAACACUCCUGUGGGCUUUGUUAUUGUCAAAUUUCUUAGUGCCUUCUCAGGGUCUGGGAUGAACUGAAACAGUGUUCCUGAAUUGAAUAUAAUUAAUCAGUUGAUUUUCAGACAGUUGAGGAAAAUCUUCCAAGCUGUAUAGGUGCUUCUCCAUAUAUAGCAAAUGGGUUUGCUGGUUUUAAAAUCUUUGAAUGUAAAUAAAAAUCUUAAUAAAAUCAGGCUCACUAUAAUUGCAGCUAAGGAUCUUCAUGUUAAAAUCAAGCUAUCACAGCCUUUAAGAAAAAAGACUGAACAGAGAAAUGAGCUUUGAAUUUCCAUAAAAGUCUGACUUUCAAAUUACAUUUUUGUAAAUAGAUUUAUUCCUUUAGCAGAUAAAGUAAUGCUAAUUUUACUAAGAAAUGAAACAUCCAAACUUUAGAUCUUAUGAAGCUCUAAAACUACAUGUUUUAAAACUAAAGUCCAGUUUAAUAUAACAUCUUGCUGGCUUAUAUAGAAUUUCUGAUCACAACAGUUCUAUAUAUCUUUUUUCAUGUGGAGAAAAAAUUAGAAGAUAUCUUUGGGUUGAUUUUGCGUCUUCUAAAUAAGACUUAAUCAACAAGUGCCAUUUAAUCUUCUUAAAAUAUAUCCUGUCCUAUGUAACUCAAUGAAUACUUAAACACAUGUGGCAUAGUUAAGGGGUAACAAUAACAAGGUCUUGGGUGUAAUCAUACCAAACAGGUUGCCUAUGGAAAAUAACUGGUAUAAGAAAUUUAUUUCCUAAAAAAUAACAGUAAUAAAACUGUAUUAGGAACUGAUUAGGAUAUUAAAUCUAUAGUUUGGUUCGCUGCAACUAUCAGCUAACGUUUGGUUGAACCCAUGUGAUCCAAAUGUAAUUUUCAAAUUAUUAUUGCCACUAUUGUUAAUGUGUUCCACCUUACUUUCUUAUAAUUGGAUCUUGUAUGACUGUAGAUAAUAGACUGCUGACUAAAUGUAGAAUACCAUUAUUUCUGAAUGAGUUUGUUUUCAAAGACUUUGCACUGAAGAGAAAAUGUGUAGAAUGUGUCACUUUAUUUGCUUUUAGGAAUGUAGAUUAUAAUUUAGGAAAUGGCUUAUAUAUUCUAUAAGUGGUAUGAACAAUGCAUUAUAUAUAUGAAAAAUAUGUAUAUUUGCUUUCAGUAUGUGUGUUACGGUGACUAAAGAGCAAAGUGGAGCUAAAAUGAUCUGAUAGCCCCAUUCAUAAUCAGUAAAGCCACGUCAUAAUUGUCAUUUUGUUAUAAAAAGAACAGCUUUAUUUGAAUGCUUUAAUAUAAUACAUUUAAGUCACCAUAAGGUGAAAAACUAUCUGAAAUAUUCAAAGUUAAAAUAACAAAAUUUUACAAAUGUUGCCAAAGUAUAUGAAUUGAGGGUAUCUGAUUCUAGCCAAGCUCUGGAGUUUGUCCGAGCAUGAUAUGUAAACAUGAAAUUGGCAUAGUGGGUAUAUACUUGCCUAACAGGAUAAAUUCAGAAAUAACCCAAGCUUUAACCAGGAGAGACAAAAUUGCUGGCCAGGAGGCCUCAGCUUUGGAAUAUAUAUUGUAUAUCUUUUUCUUUAUGAACAAUGUCAUGGAAAUGAAUGCAUUCUCAUUGAGCAUGUACAUUAAAAUUGGGAUUUUCUAGAGCUCUGGAGAAAGGAAAAGUAGUGGGGCAAGACCAAAUGUGCACUGGCCAGAAUAGAAAUAAACAAACAAUAGGCCAAACAAAGGUGGCAAGGAAAUACUUCUGUGAAGGACAAACUUAUCACCCUAAAAAUAGGGAAUAAACUUAACUGUGGGCAGUUGCUUAUUUGUGUUUAUUACCAUGAUAUGCAGAUAGUGAACAUAUUGUUUUCCUUUCCCACCAACCACUAAAAAGAGGUCAAGUUUUAGGAGGUAAGAAAAAGAACCCCUUUUAUUGAAUGUACUAUCUUAGUAUCAUAUGAGACCUGGGAAGGGAAUAUAGAAUUUUUUUUAAUAAAAAAAAUUUGAAAAAAGUUCAAAUAAAGAUUACUUAACUCUGGAGAGGAAAAAGCUAUCAGUAUACCUUAAUAAAUCUUAAAUUAUUAACUGAGUCUUUUAAUUGAAAGACUCAAAAUAAGGAGUAACAUGGCACACUAUUUUCCCUCUCCAGUGAGGACAGUGUAAGAGAGAAUAAGCAUCUUUUCAUGAAAAAUAAAACUUUAAAUAUUAAAGGUAAGUAUUAAGUAACUUUUUAAGUUUCCUUCCAAUGUGUUUUGUUUUUUGUUUUUUUUUAACUCAGGUUGGAAAAAGAUGAUGGUGUUCAGAGCACUUAAAUUACCAUUGAGUGUCACUCCAUAUCUAGAAGAAUCUAGCUCACAAGAUAGUUUUUGUACUUGUUGAGUAAGUAGUGUAUGCAUGAGUUAGUGAAUAAAGACCUGUUCAGAGGCUAUUUUUAAUUUAACCUGGCAAACUAAGUGAGACGAAUAUAAUUUUGUUCAUCUUAAAGAAUGUAUAGCAUUAUAGGAUACUGAAGGGUUUUGUUUAAAUAUAAAGUAUUGUUGUUUGGAUGUAGUAACUUCAGCAAGCAGAGCUUCUAAGACAUUAGAUACCUAAACUUCUUAUUCCUUAAGCAGGUUGCUUCUGGAAUUGAUGCAACAAAGAUAGGAGGUGGAGUUUAAUGAAGAAAUUGUUCUAUAUGCUGCUGCUAUUGGUAUUUCUUUCAAAUGUUUUCCAUUGAUAUCUGUGAUGCUUGAAAAAUCCUAACUCUACUUGGAUAACUUUAAUUUUAUGCCUUUUUCUCUCUACCUCCCUCUUUCCCUGGUGCCCCCACACACUGAUUUUGUUACUGUGAAAACUUUUGCCCUAUUACCUCACUGAUAAGAAAUCUUAACUGGAUUCAUUCAGAAUGCUUUAAACUUCUUUGUAAGCUAUAUUUGUUUAUGGACUCUUGGUUAUUUUGUUAUUACUAAAAUAUGUAAGCCAUUGUAGGAAGUAAUUUUGAAUCUAUUUCCUAACCUUUUUUGGUCUGUCUAGAUAUUACUGUAUGUAAAUUUAUUAUGGUCUUUCAUAAUUCACUUGUUUUCUGAGAUUGCUCUAGAAGCAAAUGAGGAAAGGGUCACACUAACCAAAAUAAAUGGCAAAUAGAUUUAGCAUUUUAUUUCAGGUUUCCUUCUACUUUGGACAUCCAAAGCACAUGAUUUGAGGAUAUCUUUUUUCCAUAUUUUUCCCUCAAAGCAUCUUACCAUAAGCCAUAAGAAGUCUUAAGGUAGAGAAAAGAAGGAAGAGAAUUUCUCAUUGUCUGACUGUACACAGAAUGACUAAAUCUGGUUGGAAACAGAGAAUAGUAUUUACCAUUGGUUACUUUAAAAUAUUCACCAUCCUGCUACAUUCUUUAAGUCAUCUUUUCUUUGUGUUGUUAUAAGUCUAGAAACUUAAAAAAGAAAAUAUACAAGAAUAAGUAUAGUAACCAAAAUAAGGGCAAAAGGAAAUAUCUAGAGCUUGCUUCUCAAAUUUUUCUACCAACAUAACCCAAAAGCAGAGAAGCAUGAAUGUGUGGGGAAAGGCUCUGAGCAAAAUCGGAAGCAACCUAGCACUCACAAGAAAUUUCAUGCUCUGUCUUAAAAAUGUAAGUGAAUUUUGCAUCCUCCAUAAUAAAACUGCUUAAUGUAGAAAUGAAUCCUAAUCUUCACCAAAACUGGUGCUAUCAGAAAGGAGCACAUAUUUGUAAUGCGGCUUCUCAUUUUCUCCCCUAACCCCCUCCCCAUAUUUCCUGCAUAUCCCUGAGGAUAUAUACACUGACUCUAGAGUGAGAAAUAUAAACAUAGAACGUACCUUAGUCAUACCUAUACCCUGCCCUAUAGAAACUGACCUUUAAAAGUAUUGUCAAAUUAAAACUGAACUGAAACAGUUAUGUUACCACUGAACCUUAUAAUUUAUUGUCUGAGCUGUUGGCCAAUGUGUUCUCUGAUUCAGAAGGAACACCCAACUCUGAGCCUCCUGAAGGCAGGGGUCAUCAUUUCUUAGUGUUCCUAUCCACACCUAGUAUAGUACUUGGCAUAGGAUGCUUAAUUGGUGACAACAGGAAUUAAGGGAUUUUAUUUUAAAGGAGCAAGUUGUUUAAGAAACAACCAAAACCAAUCAUUUUUAAUCCAACUUUUAAAGUCUGUCUCAUUCCUGAAAGAUAUAGUAAGCAAGGUUUAUUAACCAUCCACACCCUUAAAUACUCAGUUUCUUUGGGGAGAGGAGAGUAUAUUACCGUUUGGGAAUUGUAUGUAACACCUGGUUUUUUAUAUUCACAACAAGGUGUUGGCCAAGAAGGCUAAGAAAGUGUCUGUAUUGACUUAAUGUCACUUGUGUGAGUGCCAUUUUGAGCCUGCUAGUGUUGCCUCCCAACUGAGUCACAACUAAUUUGAUAUUUUUGUCCAGUGUGAUGACGCAUCACAUCUCUCACAAGAGUCAGUUGACCAAGAGUCUGCAUCCAUAUACAGUGAGGCCUUGUUGUUAUAGGCUAAAAUAAAAAUCUUUGUAUAUGUCACUGAAUAUGCUCAAUAGAAUACAUAGUUAAGAAUAAAUUGUUUUUCUGAUUGUAACAGUAAUUCAAAUCUGUGCCCUUGUUUUAACAGUUUCUGUCAACAUCUUCUCAUUUUUCCCUACAAAAACACCAGGGUGUAUUAUAGUAAUGCCUGUGAGAAUUUGCACUUUAAGUAUUUGUGUGUGGAUUUCUUGUGGUUUUAGCCAAUGAAGUGUUAUCAGUAAUAAA